GGCCUUGGCUGCUUCUGUGUCGUGGUUCGCGGCGUUAAAGAGAAGAGGGCAAAGGCAAAAACACAGUUCGCCUGUUCUCAGUUCAUUUUGUGUGUUCUAUUUCUUUGAUAAGAAUAAGAAGAAGGCCAAUUAUUUCGGAAAAUACCGAAUUAUGUCGACCACUGCGAAUUUUUAUGAAAUUCUUCAAUGCAGUGAGUCUGCCACCUUGGAAGAGCUCAAGCAUAAGUACAAGCAACUCAUUUUGCAAUACCAUCCGGAUAAGAUGAAUGACCUCUCCGACUCCCUGCCAUCGUCAUCAUCUGUGAGCGAAAACAACUACGAUGAUGCAUGCUCCUUCCAUCAGAUUAACACCGCUUGGAAUACAUUGAAAGACCCCACCAAACGUAAGCUCUACGAUGCCGAAUUGUGUCAGAAUCGAUUUCAAUUGCACAACAAUGUUUUCGAUCGGCUGCGAAUAGAAGAUCUAGACACGGAAACUUACAUCGAUGAUGAUGAUGAUGGAACAGAGAGAACAAUUAGAACUUGGCGAUGUCGUUGUGGCGGGCAGUACAUUUUUGAGGAUGAAGCUGAAGCUGAAAUAUCCACGUAUAACAACACCGAUGAGCUGCUUAUCGAAUGCACCGAGUGCUCAUUAGUUAUAGUUUUAAGGAGGUGAUGUAUGUGGAUGAAUGAAAAUGGGCUGGAAAAAUAGGUCAGUGUGUUUUUGUUGUUGUUGUUUUUUUAUUUUGAAUUGCCACCAAUAAAGCGAAACUUGAUUUUUAAGUUGUAAAAAAUUGUCUUUAUUUGUUUGCGGUCGGUGGUGGGUGGAACAAAAAGGUGAUUUAAGUGAAAAUGCUUGUGAUAUUUUUGUUC